AUGUCAAAAACCGACGACAUGCCCCCAAAGAGAGAGUGGAUAGUACAGGAUUGGCUGCCUUCAGGUUAUGUCUCUGCUCUUUAUGGUGAUGGUGGAGUUGGAAAAUCUCUUCUUGUUCAACAACUAAUUACAGCACUUGCAGCGGGUAAGCCAUGGCUUGGUAUCAAUUUAAACCCUAUUAAAGUUUAUGCUUUGUUUUGUGAGGAUGAUAGACUUGAGCUUACACGUCGUCAACAUGCUAUUAACCAUUUUUAUCGUGUAAAAGGUUAUUCACUUGAAGAGAAAAUACGCAUGAUGACAAGAGUAGGAGAAGACAAUAGAUUAAUGGAUUUUAACAGCAAAGAUUCAGGUAAAUUAACAUCUUUUUUCCAUGACUUGCUUGAGGAUAUCAAAGCAUUUCAACCAAAACUUGUUGUAUUAGAUACAGCAGCAGACUUAUUUGAUGGAAAUGAAAACAAUCGUACACAAGUAAGAAAUUUCAUUCAGAAUUGUUGUGCACGAAUAGCAAGAGAAAUUGAUGGUGCAGUAUUGUUAUGUAUGCAUCCUUCUGAUGUUGGAAUACAAAGGAAAACAGGUACAGGAGGUUCAACAGCAUGGAAUAAUACUGUAAGAUCUAGAUGGUAUUUAACCAGGCCGGAAAAAGCUGGUGUUUCACCUGAUGAUAGAAUUUUAUCUCGAAAAAAGUCCAAUUAUUCGCAGAGCAAUGAUGAAAAGAUAGUUAUGCGUUGGGAAAACGGUGCAUUUGCACACGAUGAUCUAGCUUUAGGUUCAGAACCAAUGGUAAGAGGACAAUAUAGCGAAAAGUUAGAUUUAGAACGCGAGAGAAAACAUGAAGUUAUCUUGAAUCUAAUUCGUAGAAUGGCAUAUCAAGGCAAAAUUUAUACUGCAGCACAAUUUGCAAGAAGUUUUGAAGGAGAAGAAGGACUUGGUAGUGAUCGCAAUAUAAGGGGAAGAAUUGAUCAUCUUGCAACUCUCGGGCAAAUAAAGUUCUUUCGUAAUGCUGAAGAAUAUGGAAUAGCAAAUACUAACUCUAAAUAUGGAUUUCUUUGUGUAAAAGAUAUGGAGACAAAGAUUUGCAUAGAAGGUAAGGUAGAAUACAAAUUAGUAAAGCCAACACAUCAUUAUUUGGAGGCAAAUGGUAAAGUAUUACCUAUUAAGGGCACGAAUAAUUUAUGGUAA